UCAAUUUUAUUUUGGAUCGAAACCCUAGAUAUUAUCUCUGAAGUGAAAAGCAUCAAAAAAAUCCUGAAUCCAUUUCGUCAAAUGUUUCUAAUGACCACCACUACCAAAACUCAAUUUUAUUUUCGAUCCAAACCCUAAUAUUAUCUCCGACUCUGAAGUGAAAACCAUUCCAAAUUCCUGAAUCAAUUUCGUAAAAUCUUUCUAAUUUCUUUAAAUUUUUUUUGCAAUUUCAAUUUUUACGAUGUCCGAGAUUCGAGCACGAUUGAUUCAUCAGGAAAGUGAUGUACUGAUUUGGACAUUCGGUUUGGGCGGAAUCGGAAAAGGACAGCUCCGGGAUCAUUCACCUAUUCUGUUGAUGGUGGAUCGUUCAUCUGGUAAGGCCUGGGAUGCCGGAGUAGAAUCUUGGCCUGUUCUAUGGCAUACACCAUUUUAAGGAUCUUGAGGAAGAAAAAGUGCAGUAAUGUUGAUAAAAUUAUUCCAUUUUCUCUUGGAUACUUCAUGGUAUGCCUCUACGGGUCUAUGAUUGCAGUUGGAUCCGUGUCAUUGUAGCUUUUCUUAUUUGAAAAUGACAGAAAGAAUCAAACCAUAGAUCUUAUCAGUUGUGGAUUCCAUUGUCCUAUGUGUGACAGACAUGACAAAUUUGACAAAUGUUCAAAUAUACUCCCGCCCAACAAGCAAAGCUCGGAGAAUUGCUCUGACCAUCACUUAGAUAUUCCAGUGUCUCUAUUUCCUGAACUUCUUUAUGAUGAUUCAUCUGAAGAGGCUCAGGCUGCUUGUAUGAGAGUUACUCCGCGGAUCCUCAUGCACACGCCUCCAGACUUUCUUAAGACAAAGCAUAAGUUCACUAAGGAAAACUGAUGUGGCGUCACUACUUUCUAUGCUACCAGGAGUCUUUGCUCUUGCACUUUUCCAAGAUAUAAAGGGAAGCAAGACUAAAGCAGUCUACAACAUUUCCUAAGAAACAAACUCAAAACGAACAAAAACAGGUUGGAGCAGCCUGAAAGUGCUGGACCUAUGGGUCAAAAUAUCUCAUUGCGAUCCGACAAACCAGUACUAUCUCAAACUUCUGUCUAAGAGAGUUGCUGAUAAUGCUAAACCGGCACGAAAGGGAGUAAAGCAGAAAUUGGGAUCAGGGCCAUGUCCCAAUGUUCGAAUCAGGGAUGUGGAUGAUACUUUCUCAGAUAUGGAGGCAGGAUUUGAAGAUUUCCAGUCCGACAUAGCUACGCAAGAGGAAAAGAUGGGGUUGGAAAAUGAUUUUGAUGCUGAUAAGGAUGUGGUAGAAGAAGACAUGGGAAUGGAGAAUGAUGUCGGUGCUACUGCUGAUAAGGAUACGGUGAGGCAACACCAUGAUAAAUUCCGAGGCAAGGAAGGUGCAACCAUCAGUUUCUUGUUGCCAGGUUUCUAUGUAAGCAUUAAAAUCAAGGCACCGAGAUAAGGGUUGGGACUAUUAAAUCUCCGGACGUAGUAGCAGCUGUUGACAUGGCUGUGCUUAAGGACGCUGUUGCUGUUGGAAAACAAGAAAACAGGCUAGAAGAGCAUCCAGUGUUUGUCGGACUGAUUUUCCUCGGGUUUUACGGCCAUGACAGUGACAUAUCUGUUGUUACCACAGAGUACAUGUUUUUUUGCAAAUACCAGAUGUGGACGAGUCCAGUUCCAGUGGUAGCUGGCAUUGCCUCAAGCCUUGUCUGACGUCUCAAUCUUGUAAUGUGUAUAAUUGCAAGUUUCUAUUGUCAAUAACUUUUGGAGUGUUUUUGCCAUGUGGCCUGCAUCAUUCUCCUUUUAAGUCAAACACUCCUACGUCUCUUUCAUCAGCAAGAGGAUUCUGACUUGGAACGGUACCUUCUCCACGUACUCUUGAGUUGCUGCUGUUGCUUCCGUUUCUCUCUUACUCACAAAAAUAUUCUAGUUACUUGACAAGGAAGUACAAAUGGGUUCUAUAUUGAUUUUGACAUAUGGCAUGAGCGGAAUCGGAAAUGGAGAUUUUGUAUCAGACUAUGUUGUUGGGUUUAUGCAGUUGAAGGUCUGUAAACCAAGGAAAAUGGUGCGUUAGGCAUUUGCAACUUGAAAUUGGUGAACAAAGCAUUAAUGGCCAAAUGGAUAUGAAGAUAUUCAAAAGAAAAGGAGUCUUUCUGGCGUAAAGUUGUGGUGGGGAGGAUAAAGACAGACUCAAGUUGUAUUGUACCAGUCGAAAACAAGGGUUGAGCUGCAAGCUCUGAUUCGUGUUAUAUUAAACAAUGAGAGAAGCAUCAGAUUUCGUGAUUUCUACACCCGUAAUGGCUGGCAGCUGCAACUUAGAAAAGCACUUAGGGAAGGUGACUGAAGUUGGCAAUUUAGAAAAGCAACCGGCUAAUCCUAGUACAACAUAUGGGAAGGUGACUGAAGUUGGCAAUUCAGAGACAGAGUCUCAAACCUUAGAAAAACAUUGGACAUAUGCAAGAAGGAGAAAGAACUUAGGCAGACAGGGUAUUAAACCAAAGCAAGCAGCAACCAGUUAUCUUAAUCCUUUUGAUAUCUUAUCUCAAGAAGGAGAAUCUGCUAGUUUGAUGAUGGGAACUUCUGGAAACGGGGAAGAAGACUGUGGCAGUGAACCAAUGGAUGAAAUAGAGAAUAAUGUGACAGUGGAGACUUGUGAAGAGUCAAAUGAAGAAUCUGAAUUUGGAACUGACAAGAAUGAAAGGUCUUCAAGUGAUGAAGAAGGAACUGGAAAAUUGAAGACUCUCAAGGAUAUAUCUAUUAGACAACCUAUACCAAAAAACCAACAGGUGGAGAAUCUUUUGAAGGUAAGUGCUUUACUUGGAGUCCAGGGAAGUAAAAAAGAUGAAACUAAAAACAUCUUUAGUGAAAUUGUUGAAAAACAUAAGAGCGACAAAACAGCGGCUGAUAGAGAACUUGCGAAGCUAGGUUGGAAAGGAGAGCAGCAAAAUGAGAACCUAGGCAGGGGUAAGAGAACUUCUGCUAAAAAGAAGAAAUAGGAGGCAUGGUGUGUUAGUCACUCUAUGUAGCUUGCCGUUGUUUUUAUGUGUUUUUUUUUGUUGAUGUGCUGCGAGGCAUUUUGCCUUGCGGUUAUUUGUGAUGCCUUACAUUUGCUUAGGCCUUUGUGCACCUAGAGUGCCUCUUCUUCCGUACCUUCUUUUUUUCCUUCUCAAUAAAAUUUUAACCUUUAUCCGUCGAAAAAAAGUUAGAA